AUGGUGUAUGGUGAGUUCUUCCACAGACCAGGACAAGACGAGGAGCUCGUCAACUUGAACGUGGGUGGCUUUAAGCAGUCCAUUGGCCAAAGUACAUUGCUCAGAUUUCCACAUACAAGGCUUGGAAAACUACUCAAAUGCCAUUCAGAAGAGGCUAUUCUGGAACUGUGUGAUGACUACAGUGUUGCAGACAAGGAAUAUUAUUUUGAUAGGAACCCUUCCUUGUUCAGAUAUGUGCUGAACUUUUAUUACACAGGUAAACUCCACGUUAUGGAAGAGCUUUGCGUCUUCUCCUUCAGCCAAGAAAUAGAAUAUUGGGGGAUCAAUGAACUCUUCAUUGAUUCCUGUUGUAGCAAUAGGUACCAAGAAAGGAAAGAAGAUGGUCCUGAGAAGGACUGGGACCAGAAAAGCAGUGAAGGAAGUAUAGACUCUGCAUCUGAAGAGUCUUCCGUGUUUGAGAAGGAGCUUGAGAAGUUUGAUAAGCUGUGGCUUGGGAACUUGCGCAAGAACAUAUGGAUCAGAAUGGAGAAUCCUGGAUAUUGUUUGUCAGCCAAGUUAAUUGCUGUUUCAUCCCUGAGCGUGGUCCUGGCAUCUAUAGUGACCAUGUGUAUCCACAGCAUGCCAGAGUUCCAAGAGCUGGACGCCAAUGAAAGAGAGAUUGAAAACCCUGUUCUGGAAGUUGUGGAGAUCAUAUGCAUUAUCUGGUUCACCUCUGAGCUAGUGAUCAGGUUGGCUGCUGCUCCAAGUCAGAAGAAGUUCUGGAAGAAUCCACUGAACAUCAUUGAUUUUGUCUCCAUAAUCCCUUUCUACGCCACCUUGGCAGUGGACACAAAGGAGGAAGAGAGUGAAGACAUUGAAAACAUGGGCAAAGUGGUUCAGAUCCUACGGCUAAUGAGGAUAUUCCGUAUCCUGAAACUGGCGAGGCAUUCUGUCGGACUACGGUCUCUGGGUGCCACUUUGAGACACAGUUACCAUGAAGUUGGACUCCUGCUUUUGUUCCUGGCUGUGGGGAUUUCUAUUUUUUCUGUGCUGGUCUAUUCGGUGGAGAAAGAUGAUGAGACGUCAGAACUGCAGAGCAUCCCCAUCUGCUGGUGGUGGGCCACCAUUAGCAUGACAACCGUUGGUUAUGGGGACACCUUUCCAGUCACCCUGGCAGGAAAGAUCAUUGGGACAUCCUGCAUUAUCUGCGGAAUAUUAGUGGUGGCUCUCCCCAUCACCAUCAUUUUCAACAAAUUCUCCAAAUACUAUCAGAAGCAGAAGGAUAUUGAUGUGGACCCCUGCAACAACAACCAGGAGGAAAAGACAAAUGAGCUCCCUUAUUUUAAUAUUAGGGAUAUUUAUGCAAAAAAGAUGCACUCCUUUAUUUCUAGCCUUUCUUCAGUAGGAAUUGUAGCCAACGAUCAAGACUCAACAGACGCCUCCAGUAUCCAAGAUGUUGAGGAUGUUUAUAACGUAACAUCUUUGCAGAACGGUACAGGAAAAUGA